AUGGUUAAGGCGAGAGAUUGCUAUUCUGUCUUUUACAUCGGUACAAAGGGAGGACUAAAUGCCAAAAAAGAGAAAAGUUUUUUAAAAAAUGACGCCUUAAAACAGUUCAAGUAUCUUUGUGUUUACAGGGAGAAGGGAAUAACUGUGGCCGAGGCUCUGAAAAGAGACGGUCGCUUCGUCGAUGACCUGGGUUACUUUGAGCUGGUUAACAUCGACGACGAACAUAAGACUGAGUGCACAGACAUAAUUGAUUGUCUGGACAAUAAGAAAUUCCAGAUAUGUUUUCCACAGGGAGCAGAUACGGAUGUAGCCAUCCCAGGGCAGCAGAAACCUCCGCACGCAACAAAUAAUGCAAAGCGCAGCGGCGGAAUGACACCGGUCUUAGAUGUAGCACGACAGAACGGAUUGAGUCUAACAACGGCAAUCAAAGAAACGGGCAGCGGCAUUGACCGUAAGGAGGUUUACGAUCUACUUUGUCAGCAGUAUCCGCGUCUGAAACGAUGGAUGGAGAGUAGAUUCCCCAAAAAUUCUUUCCAGGAAGCACUGAAAUACAGGAAGGAGAACUUUGGAAAGAGCCGACAGCCUUUUACUGAAAUUCGCAGUGUUAUGUUGCUGCUCGAACUGAGCGAAUCAGUUUGUCUCAUAACCGGUUCCUUCAUAAAGCAAGGCACAGGCUUUGUGCUAUUUGACAACUUUGUCUUGACCAACGCCCACUUAUUUGACUACUGGGUUAAAUCAAACACACCUAACUGGCGUGAAUUUGUAAACGUUACCGUGGUCUUUAACUUUGAAGACCAAGAGUCAGACAGGAACAACCUCAGCGCUAAGCUGGAAACAGAGAAAGUGCCGCCGGGGCUCCUUAAGAGAUUUGGGCCUGCGCCUUCAGACGGCGAGGCCUGUGUCGUCGGACACCCAGGAGGAGGAGUGAAAAAAAUGAGUCCUACGUGGGUCGUGGAGAAAGAGAGGCGAGAGAAUAAUGACAAUUUAGAAGACGGCGAGGAAUUUUGCAGUCUUUGUGAAGCCAAUCAGCAGAUCAAAAACGACCCGUAUGAAAAUAUCUACGUCACCUACAACACUCUCAUGUACCACGGCUCUUCCGGCUCCCCGGUUUUUGAUGCCGACGGACGAGUGUUUGGUUUGCACAGUGGCGGGUUUUUCUACGGGUUUCCGAACCUUAGCGAGAAUGUGAUUGAGUGCGCCUUUCCUCUGCUCACUAUAUUUGAAAACUUUGUGGACAAUCUGAAGAAAGAUGGGUAUGGGGAGGUGUUGGAAAGAGUUGAGGAGGAAGCGAAGGGAAAUCCUCACCUAGAAAACGUUAUAGCCUCUGUUGUGGGGUCAAAGAAAGGCCAACCUGACGCGUUGUUGCAGGAAGUUGAGAGUAAAACAGAUUCUGAGCAGAUUGGUGAUGGCUGUGUAGAGACAGAAUGA